AUGCCGUCAUUGGGUUCAAACUCAAACUUUACGGCGAAAAUACACUUUAAGUUUUCAUCUCUUUUAAUAAGACGACCCAUAAUUAAAAUAUUUACUUUAUAGAAAUAUUUGAUGGGGUUUUUUACGAUAUCUCCAUAAUACUACGAUAAGACGCGUUCCGACGCGUCUAGUGGAUCAUGGUGCCUCGCCGGGUAAUUGCCGACUCCGACGAUGAAGAUGACGGCGAUAAUCUGAAUGCGUUGAGUCCCGCCAGAGAAGAAACGGGGGUUCCGGAGGUAGAGCCGUUGAGUCCGCAACAUAGGCCAUCGAGCGACGCGAAUAAUCGGACGUCUGGUACUACGGACCAAUCGUUCUUCGCUGGUGUGCAUGAUGAGCAGCAGAAUAGGGCUGUCGACCAAUCUAGGCUUAUUGAGCAGAUUGUGCGUCAGAGCCAGAAGGCGAGUGGGAGUAGUGGUGAUGUGUCACUUCCGGCUCAGGGGAAACGGAAGAGGGUUGGUGCUUCUUCGGGCACGAAUGUUACUUCGCCGGAUGGGAUGAGUAAACUGGGGAAUCGAAUGUCGCUUUUGAGUGAUGAUGCGACUAGUAUUACGACGCCGAGGAAAAGCGCGCCUGGGGAGUGGGAUGUGCCUAGUAGUGCCGAGGGUGUGUCUGCUCCGAGGAGUGCGAAGAGUUCGAAGGGGAAGAAGGAAAAGUCGUACGGAAAGAAAAGGCGAAAUUCCAAAACUUUGGGAAGCUCUGCUACGGCUGAGAUCUUCAUGCGAGAAGGCCUUGCAGUGGAAGGGGCUACCCAGGAGUCACCCGCGCGUGAUGGGAUGUCUGCUGCAAUUGAUGAGGUUGAACAGUCCCCUCUGCCCGCGACAAAACGAAGGAGGCUCUCGAUUCUUGGCCCCGCGAUACAGGAGACCGAGGCUGUGACGAACUUUUACGUCCCCCAAGGCAACCUCACUACCAUGCAAAGACUCGAGUAUCAGCAGACUAGCGCGCCGCAAAAUGGGUAUUCUAACCUCUACGGGUCUAUUGCCAAUCAGAAAUCAAGUGGGAUGACUACUAUUGCUUAUUCAACACCGAGCAGAUAUGCUUCUUCAUCAGGAGGGCCACUUCCGUGGGAAAGAGAAUCUGCUCUUGAGUUCCAGGCUAAUGGUAGUCCUGGUGUUAUUAGCAUUAAUUCUUCUCCUGCUGCAAUCGCGGCCGAGGACGAAUACAUUGAAGGAGGAACAACAGAGACGACAUAUAUCGAUACCCAAGAAGUGAUAUAUGAGGACCAAGAUCUUACCAAAGGCCACACAACGAUGAGCCCAUCCGGUAAAAAGCGGAAGCAGAGCCAGAAGAGCAUGCAGGAUGAAGAAGAUGAGCUGGCGCGGAUAAAUUCUAGCGACCCAAAACCUUCUAAUCGGCGUCGGGAUAGCCAUAAACGGAGGCGCCGCAAUGAUCAAAUACCUAAUUCACCUAAUCCGCUUGAAGGCGGUGAGAAUAUUGAACUCAUCCCUAAUCCAGUUGAGGAGCUCCCAACAGAAGAGGUGCACCAAGCCGAAGAGCAGGCUCUUGAAAUACCCUCGACGGAACCGCCACCCGCCCCCAUUAGUGUGCCCGAACCCCCGCAAGAGGCGCAGCCGACUCCUCAACCAAAGAAGCGUGGACGAAAGAAAAAGCAGCCCGCAGCCGAACCAGUUACCGAAGUCGAACAGCCCAUUGAAAACCAAAUUCCUACUCAGGAGCGCGUUUCUACUACUAAGGAUUCGGACGCGCAAGUUGAGCCAGGGAAGUCUAAGAAGAAAAGAGGUCGGCCUCGAAAGUCAGACCAGGCGAAAUCCGAAACGGCUGCAGCUCCUGAACCUCAACCCGAGCCUGAGCCUGAGCCUCAUUCUACGUCCAAGACCCGCGUAGAGGCCGCACCGGAGCAAGUCGAAGCAACCGAGAAGCCAAAGCCUAAGAAGCAGGCCCGGAAGCAAGAGGAAAUAAGCGAGAUAGCAGAUGAGGAUGAGACCGAAGAUGCAUCACCGUUGGAAGAAAUUAGUAAUAAUUCUAGAACACCGUCGCGGGGAUCUAUAUCAACCAAGGGUGUGUCUACGACACCCAAUGCUGAAUCAUCAACCGAUCAGAAGCUCCCACCUAAAACUCAGGAGAAGGGCAGCUCAACGCCGAAACCUACGCCCACGUCUUCACAACCCAAAGUGCCCUACCGGGUCGGUCUAAGCAAAAGGACGAGAAUCACAUCGCUGUUGAAAUCCAUCAAGAGGUAGAAUAGAAAGCAAUUCAACCUUACUAUGAUAAAUGCGACGAGUACAAUUAUCUUUGGGAUUACUACGGCUCUUGAUAUAUAACUGAUUAGGGCAGGGAUACUCAGGCAGAAGUCAAUAGAAAAAAAUAAAAUGAUUAUUCAAGUACUACGUAUCCAAGGAAGCGUAGACUUCCUGAUUUUAAGCUCUAUACGACACCAAAAGCACAAUAAUUAUUUCUCAUACGUCUGCCUAGGUACGUGCACGAUGGCUACCCAAGGCAGACUGUAAUUGGAUAGUAAGGAUUGGGGCGCAUGGGGU